AUGUCCUUCAGCUGGCUUGUGCACUACCCCAGGACUGCUAUCUCACUGGAAUCCACGCCCAGCUCAAUGACGCAGCUAGCCUCAUGCCCCGGAUUUUUCAUUAGCCUCCACGCUCCACGAGAACUUGACGGAUACGCCCCACAACUCGGCCGCAUCGAUCGCGAAGCGCAGUCUGGAGUAGAAAGCUCGGGAGGACAGUCUGGCGCUCCUGCGUCGCUAGCCUUCGUCUCUAUCCCAGUUCUCCAGCUGGUCCCACAUCAGGUCCCCACCAACCCAGAAGACUGGUUCACGCUGCAAACCGCUAAUGUACAACGCACCUCGCGUGUUCGUCUGCGAGCCCAACGUCUCUCGGUCUCGAUAUGGGCCCCGUUUCGGGCCGUUACGUUGGGAAUCGAUCUACAAACACGUCACGAUCGAAUGGCCCUACUCGACAAGACCAUAGGUCUUGGCAACGGGCACCGCCUGAAUUUCAUGAAAUGA